AUGCCUUUUGAAUUCCUCAAGUCACCGCUCAGCUACAAGAGACACAACUCGGCAAUGGUUUACAGAAACCAAUCAUUCAAUAAAUCGGACGACACCCUAGUCACCGAUGUCUACGAGGGAGAUCUUCCCACCAAGGACCCAGACUGUACUAAAAGAAUAAGGUGGAAGACAACCCCCAAGAAAGACUACACUAAUGCCGAGUGUCGUAUGUGGAUUGCAGCACAGCUUCGGGCCUGUUAUGUCUUUCUUCCACGAUCCUCGGCCACAUCCAUUGCCAAUAACUUUGUCGGUUCGGGAUACAAAAUGUUUGCCAUGGAAAAAGAAGAUUGGGUAGAAAUGCUCGGGUUUCAUGGUUAUGCCAUGAGAUUCUUGAUUCGAAGAAUUUUGUGGAACAAGAGUACGGCCAUGAAAGCGGGCUUUUCGGCGGCAGCCAUGUAUGAAAUGAGGGGCGAAUAUAAGCCAGAGAUAGAGUUCGAGGAGGAAUUAAACUGGAGCGGGCUAUAUUCUAUCAAGAAUAGUCCGAUUUGA